GGCCCCGAGAGGGGCGGCGGUGGGGUCAGGGCCUGCACAAAGAAUGGACAAGCAGUGGAAGAGAAAAUACUGCAAACUGGCUGACUCCUGGUGAAGAAGAUGUUUUACUUUUCUGGCAGGCAUCUGUGGGAUUUAUAAUAGAAAUGAUGGCUGGCUGUGGUGAAAUUGAUCACUCGAUAAACAUGCUUCCUACGAACAAGAAAGCAAAUGAGUCCUGUUCUAAUACCGCACCUUCUCUCUCCGUCCCUGAAUGUGCCAUUUGUCUUCAAACUUGUGUUCACCCAGUCAGUCUGCCCUGUAAACAUGUUUUCUGCUAUCUGUGUGUAAAGGGAGCUUCAUGGCUUGGAAAACGAUGUGCUCUUUGUCGACAAGAAAUUCCUGAGGAUUUCCUUGACAAACCAACUUUGUUGUCACCAGAGGAACUCAAGGCAGCAAGUAGAGGAAAUGGUGAAUAUGCAUGGUAUUAUGAAGGAAGAAAUGGGUGGUGGCAGUAUGAUGAGAAUACUAGUAGAGAGUUGGAAGAUGCUUUUUCCAAAGGUAAAAAGAACACUGAAAUGUUAAUUGCUGGGUUUCUGUAUGUUGCUGAUCUUGAAAAUAUGGUUCAAUAUAGGAGAAAUGAACAUGGACAUCAUAGGGAGAUUAAGCGAGAUAUAAUAGAUAUACCAAAGAAGGGAGUAGCUGGACUUAGGCUGGACUGUGACACUAGUGCUGUAAACCUAGCAAGAGAGAGCUCUGCCCAUGGAGCGGACAGUGUAUCAGCACAGAGCGGAGCUUCUGUUCAGCUUCCAGUGGCGUCGUCUGUAAGGCCUCUAACAUCAGUAGAUGGCCAGUUAACAAGCCCUGCAACACCAUCUCCUGAUGCAAGCACCUCUUUGGAAGACUCUUUUGCACAUUUACAGCUCAGUGGAGACAACACAGCUGAAAGAAGCCACAGAGGGGAAGGCGAAGAAGAUCAUGAAUCACCGUCUUCAGGCAGGGUACCGGACACCUCCAUUGAGGAAACUGAAUCAGCUGCCAGUAGUGAUAGUGAGGAAGUAUCUGCAGUUAUUGCACAGCACUCUUUGACUCAACAGAGACUUUUGGUUCCUAAUGCAAACCAGACAGUAGCUGAUCGAUCAGUAGCAGGGGGAACAGUGAGUGUCCGAUCUAGAAGGCCUGAAGGACAGUGCACAGUAACUGAAGUUUAAAUAAAGUCUUCAGCUCCUUGCUCAAGGUUGCAAUGGUAAUCUGAAAAUUUCUGCCCACAU